AUGCUGAAUUGCCUUCUCCUCCUCCUUCUCUUCUUUCUUCCCUCUUUCCUCUCUCUUUCCUCCCUUCUCCUCCUCGUUCUCAAGCGGCAAGACUUCGAUCUGCUGGACCUUUCGGGAUGUGAUCUGCUGCUGAGGCUGCUGCGGCAUGAGCACUUGCCGAUGCUCCUGGUGCUGGUGCUGGUGCUGGUGCUGGUGGAGCAGCUGGGGAGGGAUGGCAACGACUUGAGUGAUCUCGUCCAUGUAAGGUUGACGAUCUGGUCUGGCCCCAACCAGAGGGUGGAGCACCGGCGAUGGAGGCCCGGGGGAGGGGAAGGGCCCGCCAGGCUCGCGUCUACUUUCAGCGGCUUGGCCAUGCCCUUCCUCUUGCGCAACACGAACGCGAGCCCGACGGAGAGGAGGAAGGCGCCAGAGAUAGAGGACGCGAUGAUGGUGGUGGUGGACAACAACGACCACGAUGGUGUAAAGUUUGAGAUGCCAACGGACCGCUUGAUCUUGUCGUUGAGCGAUGAGAACGAGAACGCAGACGCGAAGUUUGCGAUGCUGAAGUUACGAGUGACUCGCCCCGAGUCCGUGACUCUUCAGCAGCACAGCGGCAUGAUCUUGGAUAUGAUGACGUCAUCCGCCUUCACGCUCUAA